AACAACCACUGAACUACUGAUGACCUCUCCAGAAGAGAUGUCCCCUUCACCAGAGAUGACCACCACAGUGACACUGAGCUCCUCACCAUCGAUGUUCACCCAACUUGAUACAACCACCACAGCAACAAUGGCCACCAGAGCAGAGGAGAGCACAGCAGGUGCCAGCCUGCGCCUGUCGGGCGGCAGGAACGGCUGCGAGGGCCGCGUGGAGCUGUACGACGGCAGCACGUGGGGCACGGUGUGUGAUGACCAGUGGGACCUGCGGGAUGCCCAGGUGGUGUGUCGGCAGCUGGGCUGUGGGGAGGCCCUGGGGGCCCCACACGCUGCCCACUUCGGCCUGGGCUCGGGGCGCAUCUUCCUGGACGACGUGCAGUGCCGCGGGGACGAGCCCUCCCUGCAGAUGUGCAGGCACAACGGCUGGGGAGUGCACAACUGUGGGCACGUGGAGGAUGCCAGUGUCGUCUGUGCAGCUUCCCAUCCAACCCCUCCUGCACAAUGGCCAUUCACAACAGGUGCCAGCCUGCGCCUGUCGGGCGGCAGGAACGGCUGCGAGGGCCGCGUGGAGCUGUACGACAGCAGCACGUGGGGCACGGUGUGUGAUGACCAGUGGGACCUGCAGGAUGCCCAGGUGGUGUGUCGGCAGCUGGGCUGUGGGGAGGCCCUUGGAGCCCCACAAACUGCCCACUUUGGCCUGGGCUCGGGGCGCAUCUUCCUGGACGACGUGCAGUGCCGUGGGGACGAGCCCUCCCUGCAGAUGUGCAGGCACAACGGCUGGGGAGUGCACAACUGUGGGCACGUGGAGGAUGCCAGUGUCGUCUGUGCAGCCUCCCAUCCAACCCCUCCUGCACAAUGGCCAUUCACAACAGGUGCCAGCCUGCGCCUGUCGGGCGGCAGGAACGGCUGCGAGGGCCGCGUGGAGCUGUACGACGGCAGCACGUGGGGCACGGUGUGUGAUGACCAGUGGGACCUGCGGGAUGCCCAGGUGGUGUGUCGGCAGCUGGGCUGUGGGGAGGCCUUGGGAGCCCCACAAACUGCCCACUUUGGCCUGGGCUCGGGGCGCAUCUUCCUGGACGACGUGCAGUGCCGUGGGGACGAGCCCUCCCUGCAGAUGUGCAGGCACAACGGCUGGGGAGUGCACAACUGUGGGCACGUGGAGGAUGCCAGUGUCGUCUGUGCAGGUGGGUGGUGCCCCUGCCCCUCAUCCAUGUUCCCCGUGCCAGGUGCCAGCCUGCGCCUGUCGGGCGGCAGGAACGGCUGCGAGGGCCGCGUGGAGCUGUACGACGGCAGCACGUGGGGCACGGUGUGUGAUGACCAGUGGGACCUGCGGGAUGCCCAGGUGGUGUGUCGGCAGCUGGGCUGUGGGGAGGCCCUGGGGGCCCCACACGCUGCCCACUUUGGCCUGGGCUCGGGGCGCAUCUUCCUGGACGACGUGCAGUGCCGUGGGGACGAGCCCUCCCUGCAGAUGUGCAGGCACAACGGCUGGGGAGUGCACAACUGUGGGCACGUGGAGGAUGCCGGUGUCGUCUGUGCAGCCUCCCAUCCAACCCCUCCUGCACAAUGGCCAUUCACAACAGGUGCCAGCCUGCGCCUGUCGGGCGGCAGGAACGGCUGUGAGGGCCGCGUGGAGCUGUACGACGGCAGCACGUGGGGCACGGUGUGUGAUGACCAGUGGGACCUGCAGGAUGCCCAGGUGGUGUGUCGGCAGCUGGGCUGUGGGGAGGCCCUUGGAGCCCCACAAACUGCCCACUUUGGCCUGGGCUCGGGGCGCAUCUUCCUGGACGACGUGCAGUGCCGUGGCCGCGUGGAGCUGUACGACGGCAGCACGUGGGGCACGGUGUGUGAUGACCAGUGGGACCUGCAGGAUGCCCAGGUGGUGUGUCGGCAGCUGGGCUGUGGGGAGGCCCUUGGAGCCCCACAAACUGCCCACUUUGGCCUGGGCUCGGGGCGCAUCUUCCUGGACGACGUGCAGUGCCGUGGGGACGAGCCCUCCCUGCAGAUGUGCAGGCACAACGGCUGGGGAGUGCACAACUGUGGGCACGUGGAGGAUGCCAGUGUCGUCUGUGCAGCUUCUGCGGCCACCACACCAGCACCUCCAUCAGCACCUUAUUAUUGUGGUGGCUCAAUCUCAGAUUCCUCUGGGAUGGUGCAGAGUCCCUACUACCCUGGAAGUUAUCCAAACAAUGCUGACUGCGAGUGGCAGAUACAAGUCGAGAGCAAUUUCCGUGUUACGCUCACAUUUAGAGAUAUUGAGAUGCAAAGCAGCACGUGCCAGCACGACUACAUUGAAGUCUAUGACGGGCCUCGACACUCUUCCCCGCUUCUUGGGAGACUUUGUUCUGGUUCCUUCCCCACAUUCGUGUCCUCUUCAAACAUGAUGACCAUUCACUUUCACAGUGAUUCCAGAGGCUCCUUCAGAGGCUUUCAGGCUCACUACUCCUCCAUCCCAGCAGAUCACAACACCACCCUGCAGUGCCUGCCAGACUACAUGCACGCAGUGGUGAGCAGGGACUACCUCCAGUCCCAAGGCUACUCAGCCCAGAUGGUCACCCUGAAUGACAAUCGCUGCAGACCAACAAUCACCUCACAGGAGGUUGUGUUCAACAUUCCCUACGAUGGCUGCGGGACGAUACGAGAGGAGAACAACGAUACAAUCAACUAUUCCAACACGAUCAGAGUCUCAUCUUCUGGGCACAUAAUCAAGAGGAAAAAGAACAUCAACUUACACAUCAGCUGCAAAAUGCUGCAGAAGACGUGGAUGCAAGUCAUGUACACUGCUGAGGACACUGUAGACGUGAAUGAAUAUCAGUUUGGAAGAUACGACAUGAACAUCACCUUUUAUGAUUCCUCAGCGUUCUCGCGGCAAGUGCGCGACUUGCCGUACUUCAUCGACUUGAACCAAAAUUUGUACCUCCAAGCCUGUCUUCACAGCUCAGACCCGAACCUGAAGGUGUUUGUGGACACGUGUGUGGCAUCACCCGAUCCUCGUGACUUUCACACUCUGGCCUAUGACAUAGUCAGGAAUGGGUGUCCCAGAGAUUCUUCCUACGCCACCUUCUACUCCCCUUCCAGCCACUUUGCCCGGUUCAAAUUCAACGCCUUUGAGUUCAUCAGCCGCCACCCCUCGGUGUACCUGAAGUGUGAGCUGAUGGUCUGCAGGCUCGGGGACUACUCCUCCCGCUGCUACCGGGGCUGCGCUGGCAGGGCCAAGAGAGACACGAGUCCUGGCGAGGAAAAAGUGGACGUGGUUGUCGGGCCGAUUCGGCUCCGGGAAGGGGCUGCUCAGAGUGGGGAUACUACUAAAGCCAAAUAAAGUUCUCUCGCUUCUGCUCUGAGGUGACUUCAGGCCCCAAGAAAAGCCAUAGCUCUGCGUGGCUGACACCUGUCACUCAAACCUGCUUUUGCCAGCUUUGCCGUGAAAAGGAAGCGUUCAGCUCUUUGCAAGCCCCCUAUUCUUACCUGCAUAUUUAAAAUGUGUAACUGCUUUGGCUGUCCAAAAGGAGAGAUUGCCUGUAACCCAUUUUAGUGCUGUAACUCCUAGAAUUGGACUAAUUAGCUCCAAUCUGCUUGUGUAAUGGCACUUGGGGACAUGGUUUGGUGAUGGACUUGUCUGUGCUAGUUUAGUGGUUGGACUCGAUGAUCUUAAAGGUCUUUUCUAACCUAAAUAACCCAUGAUUCCAUGAUGGCCAGCUGGGAGCUAACACCCAGCCUCC